ACAGGUAUCAAUUGCAAUUAUCUAUUUUCCUCUCUUGAGCUCCAAUGGAGGCACUCACCAACACUGCCUCUGCAGCCUAUCUUACACCAAAAGCCUCAAACUUUGCUAUCAAAAUUAGCUCUUUCCUCAGGAAUCAAAACCCAUAUACGAAAUUUGCAAAUGGGUACUUUCCCAUCUCUCUUUCAAGGCCAUUCACUACCCAGAAGCUCUGUGCUGGACAUAGAGACUCAGUGAUAGUGGGGGCAAAGAAGAACCACAAGAACAAAAAGCCAGACACUCAUAGCUUUGUGCCCAAACCAGAAGAGGCUACUGAAUUUUUCCCUGAAGCUGUGCUCCUUAAAGAGAAGAAAUUUCAGGAUGGUAAAUUUCUGCCUGAGUUUGCCGAUGCUGAGGAACAAAAUCUCUAUGAAACUCUGAUGCUUCAGCUGGAAAGCGAAACGUUUGUGGAACAAAUGCGCCACUAUGAAGUUGUUUAUUUAAUUCAUGAGAUGCAUGCAGAAGAGGUUGGAAGUGUUAAUGAGAAGGUUCAAGAUUUUUUGAGGGAGAAGAAAGGCAGGAUAUGGAGAGUGAGUGAUUGGGGUAUGAGAAGAUUAGCUUACAAGAUACAAAAAGCCAAGAAUGCCCACUACAUCUUAAUGAACUUUGAGUUAGAAGCAAAAUGGAUUAAUGAUUUUAAGAGCAUGCUGGACAAAGAUGAAAGGGUCAUUCGGCAUCUUGUGAUAAAGAGAGAUGAGGCGAUCACAGAGGAUUGCCCUCCGCCUCCUGAGUUCCACACCCUGCGUGGAGAUAUGGAUGAUUAUGAUGAAGAGGAGGAUGAUAUUGAUUAUGAUGAAGAGGAUGAGGAGGAUGAUGAUGAUGAUGAGAUUGACGGUCAUGAUGAUGACUUCGAAGAUGGGAUUAUUGUUGUCAAGGAUGAGACUGAAGACAGAUCUACUACCUUAAGAAAUAAGGGAGGGAGAAGUCUGAGAGCUGAGAAAGUCAGUAGAUAAAUGUGCUUCCAUCCGUGUAAAUGUUGUUUUAUGAAAUGCUUCCUCUUUCUGAGAGGUUAAUACAAAGAUCUUCAUUCAGGAAAUAAA